AUUUGAUGGAUGAUAAAUUAUGAAAUGAGAAUUAAGAAUUUAAAUUGAUAUAGAAUUUUCAGAUAUGUGUCACUCCCUCAAUUUCAGUCGAUUAAUCGGAAAUUACAUAUAUGUGGCAGGUGUUGGGAGUAUGGAGUACCGGUUACAUCCCCAAAGGGACACGUUUCGGCCCUCUGGUCGGCCAGGUGUACACGAAGGAUUCGGUACCGGCAGACGCGAACCGGAAGUACUUCUGGCGGGUAUACAAGAACAACGAGCUGUUCUAUUACAUCGACGGUUAUGAUGUCCAGAAAUCGAAUUGGAUGCGUUACGUGAAUCCCGCCUACUCGUCCGAAUCGCAAAACCUCAUAGCAUGCCAAUAUAAGAUGAACAUUUAUUUUUACACGAUCAAGCCAAUAUUACCGCAUCAAGAGUUGUUGGUUUGGUACUGCAGGGAGUUCGCGGAAAGGCUCAAUUAUCCGCUCACCGGUGAGCUGAUGCUUCAGAGAAUACGACAACAAGUACAACAAUCAACACUACCAACAGAAAUAUCGCCCACUGUAGACGUGAUAUCGCCUCUGAAAGACCCCUCGAUCUACGAGAGACGUCAGAUGACGCCAACGGAUGGUUCCGUGAGGUCAGAUGAGGGUUACCAUUCAAAUGGUUACCAUGAUGAGAUCCUAACACCACCUGAGGAGAGCAGUGAGUCUGAUAGUGAGAACAACUAUGUGCUGGAUUUCAGUAAGAACGCCAAAUCGUCAGUGUGCAAUGAUGAGAUUCUGAAGCAAGACAACACCGCAGCGAAGAACGAAUAUAGGAAGGUCAAGAUCAAGAUCUCCAAGACUUACGGUAACUUCCAGGCGACAAAGGGCAUAGCUGACGGCCCAACGAAGGACAAGGAUCAGGAGUUGUCCAGCCGAGCGGUAACUCCGGAACUUCAGAAGCCGGUAUCGCCCAUCAUUCUGCAAAAGAGCACGAUGCUGUCAACCGUGACCGAAGAUGAAAUAUCAGAGAAAAACAUGAAACCUUUCUACGAGCCGGAGGUCAAGAGUGGCAACAUGUCGAUGUCCGGGAGACCUGCCUAUUUAGCCAACCCCAGCAGUUCCAUCCUAGAGAACAUUUUGUUGCGUAACAGCACAGACAACAACAACAAUAGUCACAAUCAUCAUCACCAUAAUGGUGGUUCGCAACAACACCAUCAGCACCAUCAGAUGCAUCAUCAGACUCAUGUGGACUCGGUGACACCGCCACCCUCCAGUCCCACCGAAAUGGCAUAUUCUUACAAGAAGUCUCAUCGUUACGGAAACAUUCUGCCCUGCAGCCCGGACUCUAGCUCGAAUCUACCCCUGCAAACAGACUCGUGCGUGAACUCGACCAGCGGAAAUGGUGGCGCGCUGCCCAGCAUGCAAAGCCCCACUGGUAAUCUGCACUCUAGUACAGGAGGAGGAUUGCAUUCGAGUACCGGUGGAAACAAUGGCAACCUGCCGCCGCAUCCCGGAAGUUUGCACUCAUCCAGCAACGCCAACGGUGGCAUACAUUCCAGUACGAGUGUGCUCUCGUCUAGCGCGAUGCUGACGUCUAGCAGCAGUCCGCACUCGGCAUCCACGACGGCGAACGGUUGUCCGCCCAAGCGAAAGACCAAAUCGCCGUCGCCGUCGUCAAGUCAGAACGGCGUACCCACCCCGACGACGAUCCUUUACUCCGGCGGUUCAGGGGCUACCAGCUGUCAGAUCGAAUCCGCCAGUCCAGUUUAUCCGAACUCCGGCGGCAGCAGCAAUACCAGCAGCAGCAGCAGCAGCAGCAAUCAGAGCGUCUCGCCGAUUUCGCCGAUUCAGUCGCCCUCGUCCUACAGUCCGUAUGGUAGUCUAUACGGUCACCAGAACGGUUCGCUGCACCAUAACAUGGGCACGUCAUUGUCUAUCAACUGUACUGCCUAUUCGCCCACGCCGAGCGGCAACGUCGUCUACGAGAGGACCACGGACGGCAGGAGGCUGGAGGCCACUAGCAGUGGUGGUCAUCAAUUGCCCACCUCGUCGACCAUGCAAAUCGAUGGUAAUCAAGCGUUGAUUACCGGCACGCACAAUCUCCACCUUAGCCAUCAUCCGGGUCUUACCAUCCAUCCCAAUUCCUCGUCGUCCCUCAAUAGAUACUCGCCGGCGAGCUCCCUGUCGCCGGACGAUCACGGUUGUUCCCAGAGCGGCUCCCUCAGCCCUAACUCUCAGGGCUCGAGGGGCUAUAGAUCGCUGCCUUAUCCGCUCAAAAAGAAGGACGGCAAGAUGCAUUACGAGUGCAAUGUUUGCUGCAAAACCUUCGGUCAACUAUCAAAUCUCAAGGUGCACCUGAGGACGCACUCCGGCGAGAGGCCCUUCAAGUGCAAUGUUUGCACCAAAAGCUUCACGCAGCUCGCGCAUCUACAGAAGCAUCAUCUCGUACAUACAGGUGAAAAGCCGCACCAAUGCGAGAUAUGCAAGAAGAGGUUCAGCUCGACCUCGAAUCUAAAGACCCACCUUAGACUGCAUUCCGGUCAAAAGCCGUACGCCUGCGAUCUAUGCCCCGCCAAAUUCACACAAUUCGUUCAUUUGAAACUGCACAAGAGGCUGCACACGAACGAGCGGCCCUACACCUGUCAGGGUUGCGACAAAAAGUAUAUUAGCGCGAGCGGCCUCAGGACCCACUGGAAAACAACGAGCUGCAGGCCGAACAACAUCGAGGAUGAGCUCGCGCUCGCCGCGGCCGUGGGUUCGCCGACGUAUUACGAGUACGGUCCUGACAUGAAUGUUGGAAAUAUGCCCAAGGAAUGCGAAUUGGAGCACAUCGAUAAUUACGACAGGCACGGAUCAACGCAUGGUCCGCACUCCACGUCUCUUCACAAUCUGGAAAAUUCCGUGGGUCGGCCGAGCGUCAUAGAAACAUCCCAGCCACACAUUAUCGAGUGUACAUAAGUACAUUACAUAACGUUACAUAAGUACAUAAGUCGCAUGAUGGGGUAUGAGCCCCUUUCGGGCACAAAAUGCAAUCGUGGAAACGUAAGGGAGUUUCUCGCAACUGACUAAAA